UUAAUGAAAUCAUUUUCUUUUGACCAAAAAAAAAAAGAAACUGGGGCUCACCAAAAAUUGGAAAACAGCGAUGACGACGAGGGUGGAGUUUUGCAGCGGCAGUACGCGGCCUUCGCAGAGACUGCAGAGUAGUUCAGGUGCCAUUACUUUUUCAAUUGAAAUUGAAAUUAUUCGUCCUAAAAUUGCAUCUUGCAUUGGUUUGCCCUUUUGGGUUAUAAUUUGUUUAAUUCAGCACUGCACUAAACUAGCUGAAUUAUUCACUUCACUUUAUUGGAUUCCUUGGUUCCCUUGGAGGUCAUUUGAUUUGUAGAAUAGAGAGUCCAUUUCCUAUGAUUUCAAUCUCAAAAUUUCGUUGCAUCUUCCACACACUAGAAGCCACAAGAAAACAAGUAUAUGUUGCAUUGAGAAGUUGUCAUUCUAGGUCUGAAUGGGUUCAGAGGGGUUUGGAUAACUUGGCACCAAAUGAGAAGCCAAAGAGGGUUGGGCUUUUCUGGGACUUGGACAAUAAACCCCCCAACAAAAUCCCACCUUAUGAAGUUGCCAAUAAGCUCAGAAUAGCUGCAUCUUCCUUCGGGGUUGUUCGCCAUAUGGUGGCUUAUGCAAACAGUCACACUUUUAGCCAUGUCCCUCAGCCAGUCAGGGAGAGGAGGAAGGAGAGGGCGCUGUUGAAUCGGUUAGAGAAUAAGGGUGUUAUCAAGCGAAACGAGCCGUAUCUUUGUCGGGUUUGCGGGAGAAAAUUCUAUACUAAUGAAAGGCUUGUUAACCAUUUCAAGCAACUGCAUGAGAGUGAGCACAGGAAAAGGAUGAACCAGAUUGAGUCAGCCAAGGGGAACAGGAGGGUCAAGUUGGUGGCUAAGUAUUCUAUGAAAAUGGAAAAGUAUAAGAAGGCUGCAAGGGCUGUUUUGACUCCGAAAGUGGGGUAUGGUUUGGCAGACGAGCUGAAACGGGCGGGGUUUUGGGUACAAACUGUGUUGGAUAAACCAGAAGCUGCUGAUCUUGCGUUGCAAAGUCACAUGGUAGAUAUGAUGGAUCAUCGGCGAGUUGAGUGUGUGGUUCUUGUAUCUGAUGAUUCUGAUUUUGUCGAUGUAAUAGAAGAAGCAAAGCUUAGAUGUCUCAAAACGGUUGUCAUUGGGGAUACUCCUGAUGGAGUCCUGAAGAGGACUGCCGAUGCUGCAUUUUCUUGGGAGGAAAUUCUGAUGGGGAAGGCUAAAAAGGAGGCUGUGUCAGUUGUUGAAAACUGGAAAGAUCGUGAUAUCUUAAAAAGGUUAGAGUGGACAUAUAAUCCUGAAGUGGAUAAAAAGAAAUUCAAUCUGAAUGAUACGGUUGCUGAAACAUCUGAAGAUGAUGAUAUCAUAGAUAUCGGUGAUGAAGUUGAUGAUGACCAUGAGGAUGAUAGAGGUUCUUGGUGGGAAUUAGAUUCUGACGAUGAUGUCUCAACUGGACAGUUAGACAAAUUAUCUACCAUGUCUGUGAGAAGGUGAAGCUCAUUUGUCCUUCUACUUCCCAAAAUUUCCCUGUGCAAAAAUAAUGUUUGGGUCAUCAAUUUGUGAGAUGACAUUGUAACUUAGAAGUUGAGGAUGGAUGUGGUAGUUACUUUGAAAAUGAAAUUCUUGUUUCCUCUGUUUUCCA